UUGAAUUAUGGGACACAGAGUAAAGAUGGAAGCCGCCACACAGAGCAUGUCGAAGCGUCAAUAACAAACAUUUUAAAGCGUUACAUGUUCGUAAGUGAUCCUUGGCUACGAUAUAAACAAAGGACUCGAGUGGCAUACGAUUCUGAGCACGCGUGGAAACAGAAAACUGUGGACAUGUCUCUGCUGGGAGGUCUGCUGAGAGCUGGGGCGUCCUACUGUCAGUCUGCUGGGACGCUGCUGCACACAGUCAGGACCAUUUCUACAGGUACAUGCUGUCAGAUCAGGAUGCACGCCAUCCCUCAGCCGAAAAAGGUGGACAGAUGGACUGAGAAGAGGAGCAUGUAUGGAGUUUAUGAUAACAUAGGAAUCUUGGGGGACUUUAAAGCUCAUCCUAAAGACCUAAUUGUUGCCCCCUGCUGGCUGAAAGCUUUCAAAGGUAAUGAACUGCAGCGGGCAAUUAGAAAAAAGAAGAUGGUGGGAGACAGAAUGAUGACUCAGGACAGGCACGACUUGGAAAAGAGGAUACGUUUCCUCUAUAGACGCUUCAACCGCACUGGCAAACAUCGCUAAUGCUGGACAAAGUGCAGAGCAGCCAAGAAGGACUGUGUCAGUCUGUUGGUGUGAUUUCAUGCUGUCACUGUGUUCUGUUUCCAUUUUUCUAGGUUAUUGCGUGUUUCAGACUGAAUGUGCAUUAUUCAUUUCUUAUCAGUAACUGGUUCAAAAUAAAUGCUACUAAAACCUGAAAAUAAAUUAUAAAUGGAC